UGAGUGUGUGUAUGUAUGUAUAGAGACACUAGACAGGCGUCAUUCUUGAACAAGCUCCCCCAAGCACUUACUUGCCAACAUAAAGACAAAACACACACACAAGACUGAAGAAAAAAGUUGAUUUGCUUUAACCCCAUCAAGUUUAACCAUCUUUUUAACUCACCCUUCACUUGUUUCUGCUCCAUUUUUCUCCCAUAGAACCUGCUUACAUAUAUACAUAAUCAACCUGCUGUUGUUGCUCAACAAGUGGAGAUUUUCAUGUCUUCACUACUCUUUUCCCAUCCACUCUUGGUUCUGGAGUGGGUUGUGAAGUAGCGGCUAAUGAAGCCUGCUACCCAGAAUGGCUACUUUUUAUCGAAACUUGAGAUGAUCCAGUCAAGCCCUCCUACUUACAGCUUUUGGUUCUUCUAGAGCUGUAUGUUGAUGCCUGGACCUUUAAAGACUUGAUUUUGUGUUAAAAGUUCCUUGCAUUGUAGCGUAGUGGAUAUCCAUCUUUCUUAGGGGGGCUACAGUGUCAUCCAGCAGAAAAAUGACUAGUUAUUGAGUUUCUCCCAUACAACGCUUUUUUUCCUCUGGAUGUAUGCUACUAACAACCAGCUCCCUUUAAAUUAAUGCAGUAGAGGACUAGUUCUGGGCGUAUUGCCAAAUUGAGAGUUAUCUCUCCGGUACUUUAGAUUUCAUUGCUAUAAACAUGUAGUCAAGAUACCUAUGCCGACAGAUGUGAGACUUAGAUGUCUGGCUUGAGCCAUACAUCAAUAUGAUAGAUCCUACAUAUCAUUCAACCUUGAGUGUGCAUCUGAUAUAUCUGGAGUCAAUUGGCCAUUCUUUCUGAGUCUGCAGCUGCUUCACGUUUUCAAGUGCGUGGGAGAACAUGAUGGCAAGUGCAAGUCCUAGGACCGAUACUUCUGCAGAUGGAGAUAUUGAUGAUAAGACACCAGCGUUCCAUGACAAUCAAGGUAUGGUGGUUUCUAAUCCCAGCGAGAGGUCAAGGGAUCAAAAGACACUUCGUAGACUUGCACAAAAUCGCGAAGCUGCGAGAAAGAGCCGAUUAAGGAAAAAGGCUUAUGUCCAACAGCUGGAGAGCAGCAGAAUGCAGCUGACUCAACUUGAACAAGAUCUUCAGCGAGCUAGGCAGCAGGGUAAAUAUAUCUCAAGUACAGGAGACCAGUCUCAAUCAUUGAGUGGAAAUGGAGCCUUGGCAUUUGAUGCAGAAUAUGCACGGUGGUUGGAAGACCACACCCGGCGAGCCAACGAGCUGAGGGGAGCUGUCAAUGCCCAUGCGGGUGAUGCUGAACUACGCAUCAUUAUCGAUGGUCUCUUGACACACUAUGAUGACAUUUACAGGAUAAAAGCUGAGGCUGCUAAAGCUGAUGUUUUCCAUAUCUUGUCGGGAAUGUGGAAAACACCUGCAGAGAGGUGCUUUCUAUGGCUUGGUGGAUUUCGUUCAUCUGAACUGCUUAAGCUGCUUAUGGUUAAGUUGGAGCCCUUGACUGAGCAUCAGAUGAUAGCUAUCACCAACUUGCAGCAGUCAGCCCAACAGGCAGAGGAUGCUUUAUCGCAGGGGAUGGAGGCACUGCAGCAGUCCCUGGCUGACACAUUGGCCGGUUCACUUGCCCAAUCAAAUUCAGCCGGAAACGUCGCCAGUUACAUGGGACAAAUGGCCAUGGCUAUGGGAAAGCUUGGAACGCUCGAAAACUUCAUUUGUCAGGCUGACAAUCUUCGGAAACAAACGUUUCAACAGUUGCAUCGUAUUCUAACGACUCGCCAGUCUGCUCGUGCUGUCAUUGCAAUCAAUGACUAUUUCUCUCGGCUUCGAGCUCUUAGCUCUCUCUGGCUUGCCCGCCCCCGGGAGUGAGCAAGUCCUUGUAUGUUACAUCAUAUAUGCUUGAAUUCUGCCCUUGGCUCACUGAUUUUCUAUAGACAAGCAGACUACAGGUCAUGAAAACAUAGUUCACCAACAAACCUUUCCCAUAGUUUCUUUCCUUUUAGUUUUAAUAUUGCUGAACUCUGGUUAGCUCUAUGUAGCUUGGGUAUGUGAAUUUCUUAGUUGUUUAGUAAAGGAUUUUCGUAGUUCAUGUUUUCUUGAGUAAUUAUAUACAGUUCUGGACUUCUGGCCUAUUACCGAUUGAGUAAUUAUAUACAUAUGUAUUCGAUGGA